AUGGUAUCCUACGUUCCACCGAAUCAGAGAGGAUAUCAGAACAGCAAUCAGACCACUCAGUCACAGCAGCAUGGCAGUCAAGGGCCACAUGGGAACUUCCACCAAGGACAGGGGUACGCAUCGAAUCACCCUCCAGGAGUAAAUCCGAGCCAGCCAAAUUCCAAAUUGUCUAAGCACAUAGAUGGCGUAGUGCGGGAUUUGAUGAAUUCUCAACAGCACAUCCAGGGAAAUAUGCAAGCCAAUAAUGAUUUAGUGCAUCGGAUACAAGAUGCCCAACAAGAGGAGAAAGCGACUAUGGAUAUGCUAACUAAACAACUAUCCCAGAUGGCCACGAUGUUGAAUGAAAUACGUGGACAUGAUGGUCGGAUUCCUGCUACUGUCAAGAUGCCUGACAGAGAGGAGGAUGGUAAGGAGAACAUUGAGGGUACUCUUUUAAAGGAGGCAAGAGGGCCAUUUCCUCAGUUUGCUGAACCACAACCUCUUGAUCGAGAACCGGAGGAGUUGAGUGAGGAAAUAAAGAAACAUGAGAGGGAUGACCCGUAUGAAGGAAUAAGCAAUGCAGUCAAUCGCAUAAAGCCUUGCCCAUACAGGGGAGAGCCCAAGAGGCAGAAAAAGGAUCCGACCGAUUUCAUGGAGAUUUUUGGCAAGCUUGAGAUCAACCUGCCUUUUCUACAAGCACUGAAAUUACCCUCGUUCAAUAGGUUUAUCAAAGACUUCAUAGCUGGAAAAGCUAAGGUCGAUGGGAAGAUUGUGAUUGGAGAAAGUGUGUCAGUUGUAAUCCAGAAGAAGAGACUUCCUUCCAAGAGGACUGAUCCCGGGAUGUUUACUCUACCCAUCAGUAUUGGAGAUAUUAAAAUUGAGCAUGCUAUGUGUGAUCUGGGGGUUUCUAUUAAUGUGCUACCCUUCUCAGUUUACAAGAGAAUAACUGGAGUCAGCUUGGUGAUACAAAGGUUGUCAUUCAGCUGGCGGACAGAUCAUGCAUUAGUCCUGAAGGAGUACUGGAGAAUGUAA